AAGGUUAGUAAGGUUGGUAGCGAUUGGUCGACGAUAUGGACGUAAAGGCGCGUCGAAAAUUUUGUUUGCAAAUUAUUGUUAUUUAUUACCUGACGCACCUGUUAAAAUAAUUUAUAGUAAAAAAAAAUAAAAGGAAACAGUGCUGUAUGCUGUAAAAUGUGCUGUGUUCGAAGUGGUGUGAAGAAAAAGUGAUUUUAUUCAUGCUCUCAGAACUGGCUGACGUGCUAUACAAGUGGAGAAACCGAAAAAAGUGAAAUAGUUGCGUGUCAGAUUUUCAGUAAAAGAUGAAUAGAAAAAAAUAUGAUGUAUUUACGUUGUUUGUGUAGAAUCUGUCGAGAUGUGUCAUCCCGAUAAACGCUUGCAGUAUUGUGUAGAAGAAACCUUUUUCCUUUCGUACAGCAAAAGAAGAAAUCGGAAGAAAUGGCCAGGUGGACAUCUAGAAUGGAUGUAUUGGCGGAUUUGAACACAUUAUCGAAAUUUUCGGCAGAGUGUGAUAGCGAAGAAGAUAGUCCAAUUAUGCCAUACUCCUCAUACGGGCGUGGGAGUUCUAUUGAAGAUAACAAUCUUUCAAGACUACCUUCCCCAUUGCUCAACAUGGUGCAGGAGGCAGACUUCCAACUACAACAAAGUUUUGAACAAGGAGCUGGUAGAGGAGAGCGAAUUUUGGCUCUCAGUCGCUAUCAACAGGAUGAAUCUCUUCAACGUCAGCUAAGAAUGGCAAUGGGGCCUGGAUAUUCAAAUGAACUAAUAGAAGAGUUCAUGCGUAAUGAGGUCGACAGUGACAAUGAAAGCAAGGAUGGGCAGUUUGAUAAUGCUGAGCAAGGUACCUUGUCCUGCGAGGCAGUACCAGUCCAUAGUUUUCAGGAAGGGACCUCACUCUGUGAGGCAGCACCAGAUCAUACAGAGGAUACAACAGAAGCAACCUCAUAUCCAUCAUCGUCAUCUGCAGAGCCUGUGAAAGUGGAAAACACUGAUGCAGUGACAUCUAGAGAAGCUCUGAAACCCAAGAAGUCGGUGCGCCGAAACAGGAAUGCCCUUCUUAAUAGCUUGGCUAAUUAUAGUACAGGAUUAGCUCUUAAAUCUGAUAGUAGAAAUGAAAUUAAGACUAAUUCAUCAGCGCAGAAUCAUAACAGUGCUUUAGCCUCUGCAGAUGCAGUUCCUGACCGUUUUAAAAAUAAGUCUAAAUUUCCUUUGGCAGCACCGAGUGCUGGAGUAAGUGUUCAUGCUACACCACGAGUAAGAGAAAGUGAACGCAGUUUUCAGUUUAGAGAUGAGGAUUUUCCUCCAUUAUGAUACACAAUAAUACGUGUUUCAAUUAUAUUAUGUUCUUAAUGCAGGGGAUCGUGUUUUCAGUGUUCGUUAAUUUAAAGUUUUCCUCAUUCAGCAUUAAACUGUAUUGUUGUGUCAAGAAUAUCAGUGUUAAGUUAUGUCCUUUUAAAAUUUUGCUCAGUUUAGUGUCCAGAUCCAUUGCUUCCCAUAUACACCUAAAUGGGAGUUCAGCAGUAUUAUUUUAUUAAGGCCUACAUUUAUUUUGAAGAAUUUUUCUGGUGUUACCACACAAAUUACUAGUGGCUUAAAAAUAAACAAAUCAGUGAGUGUUGUUGCUGAAGAUUUUAGAUAUUUUUGUAACCAAGAGUGUGGAAAGUGAAUUAACCCUUCAAAGCAUGAAGUUUAUCUAAAUAAUACUUAAAAAUUAAUUUUUGUUUCAAAGGAAAUUCUGUAUAGAGAAGUAACCAUUGUUCAUUGAAAAUCAUACAACAGCAAUAUAUACACUGUACACAUGCAGAAUGUAGAGUUUUUGAAUAUGGGACAGGUGGCACAUGUAGUAACCACUAUGCUUUAACCUUUAUUGGACGGGCCAUAUAAUUUCCGGUAG